CACCGCUCGGCAACCACGCCAUACGCCCAAGCCCCUCAGAACACAGCCAUGAGCCAGAGCAAGCCCUCGAAAGCCUCGGUCCAGGAGCAAAUCAAGAAAUACGAUGGCUUCAUCAACGACCGGCUGCGAGUGGACCUGCAAGACACUCUCGAUCAGCGUGAUGCGCUCUAUGACAAGAUCUCGGAAUACCUGAAGCUCAAGGUUCAGAUCGAGACGAUCAAAGCACAGGGCGCACAGCAGCUUAAAACCCAAGUCGAUAUCGGAUGCGACUUUUACGUCCAAGCCAAAGUUCCAGAUGCCUCGCGGAUCUUUGUCGAUAUUGGGUACGGCUUCUAUCCCGAAUUGACGCUGGAUGAGGCCAUCGCAUUUAUCGACCGGUACGAGAAGUUCAUGCUCAGACGGGCCGACAAGCUCACCGAACAGGCCGCCCAAAUCAAGGCACACAUCAAGCUGGUGCUCGAAGCCAUUCAAGAGGUUGCCGCCGCUGCCGGAGAGCUAUCGUACAAACCCGACUUUUUUGAGCCGUAGCCGAUUCGGCGCCGUUGAUUGCUCAUCCUCUUCCCUUUGCGUCGCCGGCACCGGUCCGGCUCAAGGCUAUUCCUCAAGCAUUUUGUCAAACACAUCCACAAUACAUUGCCACUCUUGCACCGAAACCGGC